UUCUCGUUGCCAGGCGGGGAGGCCCAUUCGGCUGGCUGCGGGGUAAGAUGGCGGAGGGGGUGCUGAGCCCCGGGGUGAACCUGGAGGCCUUUUCCCAGGCCAUCGCCGCCAUCCAGGCGCUGCGCUCCAGCGUCACCCGGGUGUUUGACUGCCUGAAGGACGGGAUGCGGAACAAGGAGACGCUGGAGGGCCGCGAGAAGAGCUUCGUCGCCUGCUUCCAGGAGAGCCUGCACUCGGUCAGCCGGGACUUGAGUGAACUGGAACGUCUGAGCAAUCUAGUAGGCAAACCAUCUGAGAACCAUCCUCUCCAUAAUAGUGGAUUGUUGAGCCUAGAUCCUGUACAGGACAAAACUCCUCUCUACAGUCAACUACUUCAGGCCUAUAAAUGGUCAAACAAGUUGCAGUACCAUGCAGGGUUAGCGUCUGGCCUUUUGAAUCAACAGUCUUUGAAACGUUCUGCCAACCAGAUGGGAGUAUCUGCAAAACGAAGACCAAAAGCCCAACCUACAACUCUUGUUUUACCACCUCAGUAUGUUGAUGAUGUGAUCAGCCGCAUUGAUAGGAUGUUUCCUGAGAUGUCUAUCCAUUUAUCCAGGCCAAAUGGAACCUCUGCAAUGCUUCUGGUUACCUUAGGAAAAGUGCUAAAAGUGAUAGUGGUGAUGCGGAGUCUCUUCAUUGACCGGACAAUAGUAAAAGGAUAUAAUGAAAAUGUCUACACUGAAGAUGGCAAGGUUGACAUAUGGUCCAAAUCCAACUAUCAGGUUUUUCAGAAGGUGACAGAUCAUGCAACCACUGCUUUAUUGCAUUACCAGCUGCCCCAGAUGCCAGAUGUGGUGGUCAGAUCCUUCAUGACCUGGUUAAGAAGUUACAUAAAGCUGUUCCAGGCUCCAUGCCAGCGCUGUGGAAAGUUUUUGCAGGAUGGCCUUCCACCUACGUGGAGAGAUUUCCGAACGCUUGAGGCUUUUCAUGACACUUGCAGGCAGUAGUAGCAUGACCCAGUCCCUGAUCUCGCAAGAAGGAAAGCGAAUGGGACUUAUGGACAGAACAGGCCUUCAGAUGAGCUCUGAAGAAUGCGGAUGGUUCAUUAGUUGAUUCCCUUUCUGAACAUUAAUAUACACGUUCCCUCCUGUAGUGAAGUUUUCUUACUGAGAAGUAAAGCAGCACUAUGCAUUUGGCCAUUAAAAAAGAAGUCUCUGUCCAAGGUACUAAUGAGGAUUUUAUUUUAUUUUAUUUUAUUUUAUUUUUACUUCAAUUAAUGCACAAGGGAAAAGGUGGGGAAAAGUUACUGUUAUAGGCAGAUCAUACAUGGUCAUAUUGGGGUGUUUGUGCUGAAGUCAUUCUCUGGGAACUGUCAGUUGUAGUCAUUGAAAUGAAUAACUGAUGUUUUAAUGAGAAUAUCCAUGUACAAUGUACAUUUUGCUACAAAAUUCACAAUGGAGGCAAACUUAUUUUUGUGAACUAUAAAAAAACUUUGUAUUCAAAAAGUAUGUGUCAUUUACUUUGUUACUCUGUAACACACUUUAGGUUCAUUUUGUGUGUGUUUCACAGUUUUUGACUUUUUAAAAAACUGGAAUAAUUAAAAAACAAUGCUAUUAGAAUUUUUUUCUUUGCAAGGAUGGUUCUCUAUGCUGCUCUUAUUCUGGAAGAGAGUAUAGUGUUGAUAAACAUGAAAUUUCAAAGGCAUGUGGCAGCUUGGAAGAUGGAUUGUACUUUUUGAGAGAGGAAACAGAUGUUUCCCUUUACUAAAAUUGCAAUGAAAAAUGUUAGCAAAAUCUGCGGGUAUUGAGUGGUUAGAAAAUAUGUGGUGAGCAGUCACAGUGUG